GACCCCGAGGGUUUCCCAUUAGUUGUUGCUUGUGUCUUCUUCGUCUUUGGAGUCUACGUGCGGAUCACAGGAACGCACCUCCGAUUCGUAGUUGUUAAUUGUUGAUUCUGCAAUUGAAGAAGAGUGUCUUCUCUUGCAACAGCCCUGUGUUGGUUGUCUUAGGUCCCUUUUCCCCAUUUCCCCCGUUGUGUUAAUUUUGUAUAAUUGGUUGGUUUUUGUGUUUACGAGGGUUGUGAUCUAUUCGCAACUGGUUCGUUGUUCGUACCUACGGAUUACCGGGACGUGGUGCGUGGAGAUUGCAAGAAAAGAGGUUUUCGUUUAUAGAAGGAGUGGGUUUUUUUUUUUGGUUACUUUCCUCGGUGGCUUUGCGGAUUGACUACUUUGUAACAGCUUACGACGGGUUUUGACGUUCUGGUUGCUUGAAGGAGACUUUUGUGGACAUGGCUCCCUACGUUUUAAAGAUCAAGUAUGGUGAUGUCCUGCGCCGUAUUAUUGUGGAACAGUCCCUGCUUGCCAUUGGACCUGAUAUGAGCUUUAGUCAACUUGAGGAUACCAUCCGCCUAUCCUUCAAACUUCCUGUUACAUCUGGCUUUGUUAUAACUUACACUGACAAGGAUGGCGAUGUUGUGACUAUGACUGGUGAGCAUGAUCUCCACGAUGCAUGCGUUCUUCAAGGGUUGAAUCCUCUUCGUUUAACAGUAACUGUUCCAGAGACACUUCGCCAAGCUCAUUCGGAUCAGCAUGGCCAUGAUGGUCACCAAGGACACCACGGUGGUCACCAGGAUCUUGGUCCCCAAGGACACCACGGUGGUCACCGGGAUCAUGGUCACCAUGGACAUCACGAUGGCCAUUGGGAUCAUCCCCGUCUGCACCCUCAGACAGACACUAAAGUCCCCGAUAUGCAGAACCUUUUUGGUAAUACCAUGAAGAUGUCAAUGGAGACUGCGAAGCAAACUAUGGCCUUCACCCAACAGGUUCUACAAGCUUGUGAGCCUCUGAUCAAGAGGGCGCCGUCGACGGUGGUGUCUGAAGUGAUGGAUACGAUCACUAAAUUGGCCUCUUCUGCUCAUUUGGGAGGAACAGCAGCAGCAACAACAGGAGCAACCUUUUCCCAACCUGGGUCAACACCUUCCUCAUGGACAACUUCUACCCAGCCAGCGGCACCCGCUUCUCAAACUGGUGCCCCUGAACAGUCUGAACCACGCUCCAUCUUCGCCCAUCCACACAUUCAUUCCGUAUUCUCGGAUUUUCAUCCUAGCUUCCCAUCAUCUUUCCAAGCCGCGUUUCCUGCACCUGGUUCCGUUGGAUUGGGUAGUGACAAAGUCCAGGCCACUGGUAUGCCUCCUCAGGCUGCCAAGGAAGCCGUUCAGCACCGCGGUGUUCAGUGUGACAUGUGCGGCAUGGUUCCAAUUGUGGGUACUCGUUACAAAUCCAAUAAGAAGCAUGAUUACGAUCUGUGUCAGAACUGCUUUCAAGACUUCGGUAAAGUCGAAGACUACACACAGAUUGAACGCCCACUUUGGCGUCCUCGUCACAUGAAUUCACAAAUUGGUGGUGGACGUAUGCGGUGUCCAGCAUUUUCUCCUCACGGAGGAAGACCAUCGUUUCACCUCCGUGGUCAUCAUGGCCCUCAUGGUCCCCAUGGUAGCAAAAGCGACUCUCGUUGCGGAGGUGUUUUUGGCCCUGCUGGGGGGAAGUUGGAUGCUCGGUUUGUGCAAGACGUGACUAUUUUUGAUGGCACAGAAUUUGCACCUGAAACCGCAUUCACCAAAAUCUGGCGUUUGCGCAAUAGUGGCUCUUGCGCGUGGCCUAAGACAACCCGAUUGAUGCAUGUGGGGGGCGAUGAAUUAGGAUGUGUUCUCCCAGUCAACCUCGAGUUGCCUGAAGGAGGUUUGGCUCCAGAUGGUGAAGCGGAGGUUUCAGUUGAUCUCGUAGCUCCUGCGAAACCAGGGCGUUAUGUUUCUCACUGGCGCUUAGUUUCUCCCACUGGUCAAAAAUUUGGUCAUCGUGUCUGGGUCUUGAUCCAGGUUGUUCCCAAGGACGAGCAAUCCCCACAGUUAAUGGAGUCGCUUAUGGCUUCAUCCCAAUCAUCUGAAGAGGAUACUAAACUGCCUGAGCAAGGGGUUGCAGAGACUGCACAAGCACCAGACAUUACCGACCUUCAGCCUAUCGAUACAGAUGUUGACGCGAUGUCAGUCGUACCGAAGGCUGAAGCUGAUGAUGUCCUUGUUUUAGUGCCGGAGGUAGCGGCCAAGGAACCAGAAGGUGAAGGUGAAAUCUCACCUGGAACCACGCCGUACCCUGAGAUCAAUAUGGAAGCUCUCACCCUGGACCCCGUAAUUAUUGAUGCUGGAAAGAUACCGGAGGAGAACACUGCUGUGGAGGACAGUGAGCUUGGGAAUUUCUCCAUGGUGAACAUGCCGAUCACCUCUGAAAUUCCGAUUCAAACUCCUGAACCAGAAAGCACAGCUGAUCCACGAGUGCUCGUAGAUGAUGGACCUGAUGACUCCAUUACGGAGGGAAUGAAGAUGCCUGCAGAGGUCGACCCAAGGGCGAAUUCUGUGGAUGCGAUGUUGGCGACCCUUGAGUCCAUGGGAUUCAAACAGAGAGAUGUUAAUCAGGAGGUGUUAAAGAAGAACGGCAACGACUUGCAGCGCACCCUUGACGACUUGGUCAUGGCAGUGGAGUGGGAUCCUAUGCUAGAAGAGCUAGAGGAGAUGGGGUUUUACGACACUGACAUGAACCGCUUGCUGAUGUUCAAGAAUAACGGUAGCAUCAAACGCGUUGUGAAGGAGCUCGUCCAGAUGUACAAGGAUCCUAAAGGCAAGGAACAGGCUUAAGUUCGAUGGCGAUUAUAACUAGUCCCAACGUCCUCAGCCCUGGCUCCCAAGGCUGUAUAACACAAGACAUUUGUGUGUAGCGGGUUUAGAACAAUGUUUCCACUCCAAACUCGUCUGGAUUUUGGGGUCUUUUUAAAACUGUAUGUCUCUUGAAUGGGAUAACAGCGUUGUUUGGAAAACAACAAUAUCAAUAAAGAUAAUUUUAGUAGUUAUUCAA